AUGCCGUCGCUUGAGGAGCAGCUGUUUCCAUCGACGCCGGGGAAGUUCAAGAUCGACCGGAGCAGCCAUCAUCACGCGAUGAACCGGCAGUUCCACCGCUGCUUCUCCUCCACCAGCACGAUGUUCUUGUGGGCGCUCUUCUUGAUCGCCCUGACGGCGUCGUACCUCAGCUUCCAGAGCUUCGUCGAUUCCGGGAGCAAGUACUUCACCGCCUCGUGGGGCGGGGUCCAGUGGGAGAAGCAGGUGCGGAAUUCGGCCCAGAUCCACCGCGGCGGCGGGAUGUCGGUGCUGGUCACCGGCGCGGCCGGGUUCGUCGGCAGCCACGUCUCCCUCGCGCUCAAGAAGCGCGGCGACGGCGUCGUCGGGAUCGACAACUUCAACCACUACUACGACCCAUCCCUGAAGAAGGCGCGGAGAUCGAUGCUGGCGGAGCACGGGAUCUUCGUCGUUGCCGGCGACAUCAACGACGGGAAGCUCCUCGCGAAGCUGUUCGACGUCGUGGGCUUCACCCACGUGAUGCAUCUCGCGGCGCAGGCAGGGGUCCGGUACGCGAUGGAGAAUCCCAAUUCGUACAUCCACUCCAACAUCGCCGGAUUGGUCACCCUCCUCGAGAUCUGCAAAUCGGCAGAAACCCAGCCGGCGGUGGUCUGGGCGUCGUCGAGCUCCGUCUACGGUCUCAACGAGAAAUCCCCCUUCUCCGAAUCGGACCGGACCGACCAGCCGGCGAGCCUCUACGCCGCGACGAAGAAGGCCGGAGAGGAAAUCACCCACACCUACAAUCACAUCUACGGCCUCUCCAUCACCGGAUUGAGAUUCUUCACGGUGUACGGUCCCUGGGGCCGACCCGACAUGGCGUACUUCUCCUUCACCAAGAACAUUUUGCAGGGGAAGCCGAUUACCGUCUACCGGGGCAAGAAUCGGGUCGAUUUGGCCCGGGAUUUCACCUACAUCGACGACGUCGUGAAGGGGUGUUUGGGCUCGCUGGACACCGCCGGGAGGAGUACCGGGUCGGGCGGGAAGAAAACGGGUCCGGCGCCGUACCGGAUCUUCAACCUGGGGAACACGUCGCCGGUGACGGUGCCGACGCUGGUGAGCAUACUGGAGAGGCAUCUGAAGGUGAAGGCGAAGAAGAAGGUGGUGGAGAUGCCCGGGAACGGCGACGUGCCGUUCACCCACGCGAACAUCAGCUCUGCCCGGCGGGAGUUCGGGUACCGGCCGACGACGGAUCUGCAGACCGGGUUGAAGAAGUUUGUUAAAUGGUAUCUCGCGUAUUACGGCCAUAAUCACGGGAAAGCUGUAAAUUGA